AUGAAGUUUGGUUUAUUUGGAUUUCUUAUCAGUGUACUGGCAGUCUCUGUGAAAAGUGAAACUCAAAAUAUAAAGAUUCAUGGAUUAAUGCUUGACGAAAUACAGAACAAACACAAUGCAAAGAUUUUAAAAUUGGAAACGAUGAUCAUGGCAAUGGAUGAGCAGCUAAAUAGUCAUUCGUUUAUAGACCAUGCACGACGUCAGUUGAUUCAGUCCAUACCAAAAGAGGAAACCGGAAAAAGAAAAGGAAAGCUAUCUUUUAUAAAACGUGCAGGUUUGAAUGAUAACAUUGUAGCAUUUUAUGGCUAUCUGAGUCACGGAGAAUCCCAACCAGGAAAACAACAAGUACUCGGGUUCGAUGUUGUAAAGACAAACGUUGGACUAGCCUACAACAAGUACAGUGGAAUGUUUACUGCUCCUGUUAAUGGUGUAUACGCAUUUACCUGGACAGUCUCCACUGGUAUGCAUAGUUACAUUUAUUCUCAGCUUGUAAUCAAUUCAGAUCCGUUUGGAGCAAUUCAAACAGAUAGUGACGAGGUAAGCGACUACCAUACAUCAACGGGGAGUGUAGUUGCAGAACUAAACCAUGGAGAUGUUGUCUACAUACGUACCCACCCCACUGAACUCAUAAAAGGAGUAAUCAGGAGCCAAGAUGAAAUGCGUACAAGUUUUAGCGGGUGGAAAUUAUAAUCGAGAUUUUAAAUCGCGUUAGUAAUAAAAUAUUUUGAAAUGUGA